AAAAAGUAGACAAUAAUAGUUAAAAAAAAUAAACCGUCGUUUAAUUAUCAGAUCUAGACUAAAUUUCAAAUGGACCACAGGAGAGGCUUGGACGAAUAUUUUUUUUAUAAAAGCGGAUUUAUAUAAAAAAGAAUCUCACGUUCAUUGACUCUGAGAACCUCCUCCUUUUGAAGUCGGUUCAAAAUAGUAGAAAAAGAAUUAAGUAUAUGUACCUUACAUACAUAUACAUUUAGUAACAGGCGGAUAUUUUAAUAUUACAAACAGACACUCUAAUUUUAUUCACAGGUAUAUAAUAUACGAGAUAUUGAUACAGCUGCACAGGUACUAUAUAAUCAGUUCAGCCAGCUCUGCCCCAUUACGACGACACCAAGAGAUGGACUCCCAACAGUUCAGAGAAUUCGGGAAAGCCGCUAUCGACUACAUAGCCGACUAUUACGACAAUGUUAAAACGCAGCGCGUCCUGCCUUCCGUUCAACCUGGAUUCCUCAUAAGCCAACUGCCAGAAAACGCGCCAGAAGGACCGGAAAAUUGGCGGGAAGUCUUCCAGGAUUUCAGGGAGCUGAUCGCCCCCGGUGCUACGCAGUGGCACUCCCCGCAGUUCCACGGAUACUACCCGUGUGGGACAUCCUUCGCGAGCAUUAUUGGAAGCCUGCUAACCAAUGGCCUGGGCAAUGUGGGCCUCACAUGGGUAGCCAGUCCGGCAUGCACGGAGCUGGAAGUAGUUACCAUGAACUGGCUGGGGAAGCUGUUGGGUUUGCCAGAGGAGUUCUUGAAUUGUUCACGCGGCCCCGGGGGAGGUGUUAUACUAGGGUCGGCUACGGAGGCCAUGUUCGUUUGCAUGUUAGCAGCUAAGAGCAAGAUGUUCCAUAGCUUGCGAAAGCUGGAUGAUAAUUUAGAUGAGCAUCAAACUAAGACGAAAUUCGUGGCGUACACGUCGAAUCAGAGCAAUGCGGCCGUUGAGAAGUGUGGUAUACUCGGAUCUAUGAAGAUGAGGCUGUUGAAAUCCGACUCCAACGGGAGACUGCGCGGUGAUACUCUGAGAUGCGCUUUCGAGGAGGACAAAGCGAAUGGCCUGGUGCCUUGUUUUGUCGUCGCUACGCUGGGUACAACUGGGAUAUGCGCUUUCGAUCCGCUAUACGAAUUGGGUCCAAUAUGCAAGGAAUAUAACGUUUGGAUGCACGUGGACGCUGCGUAUGCUGGUGCUGGGUUCAUCUGCCCAGAGAAUAGGUAUCUCAUGCAAGGUAUGGAGUACGCCGAUUCAUUCGACGUCAACGUCCAUAAAUGGCUUCUAGUUAACCUCGAUUGUUCGGCGCUGUGGGUGAGAAAUGGUUACGAUUUGAUCCGAACUUUCGACGUGCAGCGGGUAUAUUUAGAUGACGUCAAUAUGGACCUACGCAUACCAGAUUACAGGCACUGGCAGAUGCCGUUGGGACGACAGUUCAGGUCGCUCAAACUGUGGACCGUCAUGAAGAUAUAUGGGGCCGAGGGCUUGAGAAAACACAUUAGGAGUCAAAUAAACUACGCCAAGUACCUCGCGAAGUUGGUGAGAAGUGACGAGCGAUUUGUCGUUGAUCCAGAACCUUCUAUGGGCCUUGUGUGCAUCCGUUUGGUCGAAGGGGACAAAAUGACUAAGAAACUACUGAACAAUCUUGUUGAAUCGCGUCAGACUUUCAUGGUGGGCGCGUAUCAUCGAAAUCGGCUCGUCAUACGAGUAGCUAUCUGCUCCCAGUUAACAACGAAAACCGACGUGGAAAACAGCUGGGCCAUCAUCAGAAAUGAGGCCAGUAAAUUAAUUAUGAGCGAUAUUAGCGAUAAGUAUUAAUUUUACAAUGGCAAGUUAACUU